UUCCAGGUAGAAGGACAAGAAAAUAAUGAACCAUUGCCAUAGAAACACAAAGGGUUAAAGGUUUCUCUUUUCUUAUUGCUUUGGUUAUGUAUGCUGUACUUUGAGUGAUUUUAAUAUUUAGUGCUCAAGAAUCUUCCAACUUACUGGAUGCUUUCAAUCCAAAAGUAGAACAUAAAGAAUGUCUGCUUUUAAAACGGUACCUAGCAUACCGGAGCAGUUGAUUCUCACAUUUUGAAUUUUCAAGAAGUUAAGCUUAAGAGAAACAAAAGUAACAUUUAAGAACAUUUGUUACUUUUAGUAGUUCAGAUAUAUUCUGAUAAAUUUUAUAAACCUAGCUUAGUUCAAUGGGUAUCUGGGCCUGAUGGAAGCUUUCCUUGGGUGAGUUAGUUUGACAAGGAGCUUUAGAGCACCUGUUGAUUAAAACUAUAACUGGUUGCAGGUUUUUGUAAAUUAGCUUUUCAGCCUGCAUGAAUUAAUAGGGAUAUGGAUUUUACUUGCUUAACUGUCAUUGAUAUAAACAUGUAUUGUCAGAAUUCACAGGCCCAUACUAACUGUCCUUAAUUUCUUUCCUACAGCAGUACUGCUAUAUGCCAGUCCUGUCUGCAUUCUUAAGGGUGCAGUUCAACACAUCCUGUGUAGAUAAUGGUGAAAAAGUAUCCCAAAGGAAAGUCCUAUCAAAGCUAGUGUCAGAAUGACACUGCCAAUUGGGCAUUGAUGUUCAGCAUAGAAAAUGUAUUAAGAAUUUUAUUUUGUCCUAAAUACUUAUGCUAUACUACUGGUAUAGCUAAUCUGCACUUUAAAAAUAGUGCUUCCUAGAUAAGAUUGUUACUAAAUGGCUGGGCUUCUGUAAAUAUUUGAAGUUAGAAUGAAUUUCAAGAUUCAAAUUAAUAUUUAUGAUGUGGGGAAAGACUUUUUGCCUGUGAAUAUCCUUAUGGUAAAAACUGUACUGCAAUCAGUUCACAGUUGUAAUUAUAACUUCAGAAUAAGUGGGGGGAGAAAUUGGGUGCUCUUAAAGUGAAGCCCUUUUAACAUGCCUCCACAAAGUAAGAAUCUGGGGUUCAUUGUCCAGAUUCACCAAACAUAUACACUGAUCUGUAUGAUAAAACAAUUUGAGUUAUUUAGGUUUACAGUAGUACGUAUAGUCAGAUAUCAUAGGCUUUAUCAGCUUGAACAAGGUAAUGUGUUGAUUAUAAAUAUCUUUCCAAAGUGUUACUAAUGGUAAAGAGAUAAUUUUCUAGGCUUCUAUUCUGCUGCUUGAAGUCAGAACUGCUGAUGGAGACAAAAGGCACGAAAGUGUGGGAAGACACCUGAUCCUAAAAUGAAUGCCAGAACAUAUAUGGAUGUUAUGCGUGAACAACAUUUAACAAAAGAAGAGAGAGAAAUUAGACAGCAACUAGCAGAAAAGGCUAAAGCUGGUGAACUUAAAGUCGUCAAUGGUGCUGCAUCCCAGCCACCAUCAAAACGCAAACGGCGUUGGGACCAGACUGCUGACCAGACUCCUGGUGCCACACCUAAGAAAUUGUCUAGCUGGGAUCAAGCUGAGACACCUGGACAUACUCCGUCACUGCGCUGGGAUGAAACACCUGGUCGUGCAAAGGGUAGUGAGACACCUGGAGCAACCCCUGGAUCUAAAAUAUGGGAUCCAACUCCUAGUCAUACACCAGCAGGAGCUGCAACACCUGGUCGUGGUGAUACACCUGGUCAUGCAACACCCGGGCAUGGAGGUGCAACUUCCAGUGCUCGGAAGAAUCGAUGGGAUGAGACUCCCAAAACAGAAAGAGAUACCCCAGGACAUGGGAGUGGAUGGGCAGAAACUCCUCGUACUGAUCGAGGGGGUGAUUCCAUUGGUGAAACACCAACUCCUGGAGCAAGUAAAAGAAAAUCACGUUGGGAUGAGACACCGGCAAGUCAGAUGGGUGGCAGCACCCCUGUAUUAACACCAGGCAAAACACCAAUUGGUACACCAGCUAUGAACAUGGCAACACCUACACCAGGGCACAUAAUGAGCAUGACUCCUGAACAACUCCAAGCUUGGCGAUGGGAAAGAGAAAUUGAUGAAAGAAAUAGACCCCUUUCUGAUGAAGAAUUGGAUGCGAUGUUUCCUGAGGGCUAUCGGGUUCUCCCUCCCCCAGCAGGUUAUGUUCCUAUUCGUACUCCAGCUCGUAAACUUACAGCAACACCAACCCCCUUGGGUGGCAUGACUGGAUUCCACAUGCAAACAGAAGACAGGACUAUGAAGAGUGUCAACGACCAGCCCUCAGGAAAUCUUCCUUUCCUAAAACCAGAUGACAUACAAUAUUUUGAUAAACUGCUGGUUGAUGUUGAUGAAUCAACUCUUAGUCCAGAGGAACAGAAAGAAAGAAAAAUAAUGAAACUGCUUUUGAAGAUAAAAAAUGGCACCCCUCCAAUGAGGAAGGCCGCUUUGCGACAGAUUACCGACAAAGCUCGAGAGUUUGGAGCUGGGCCAUUGUUCAAUCAAAUUUUGCCCCUUCUGAUGUCUCCAACCCUUGAAGAUCAAGAACGCCACUUGCUUGUUAAAGUUAUUGACAGAAUCUUAUAUAAGUUGGAUGACUUAGUCAGGCCAUAUGUGCACAAGAUUCUUGUGGUCAUUGAACCUUUGCUGAUUGAUGAAGAUUACUAUGCUAGAGUGGAAGGCAGAGAGAUCAUUUCCAACCUGGCUAAGGCAGCUGGACUGGCAACAAUGAUUUCUACCAUGCGACCUGAUAUUGAUAACAUGGAUGAAUAUGUUCGUAACACAACAGCUCGAGCUUUUGCUGUUGUUGCUUCUGCCCUAGGAAUUCCAUCUUUAUUGCCAUUUUUAAAAGCUGUGUGCAAAAGCAAGAAGUCUUGGCAAGCCAGACACACUGGCAUCAAGAUUGUGCAGCAAAUUGCUAUUCUAAUGGGUUGUGCAAUUUUACCCCAUCUCAGAAGUUUGGUUGAAAUUAUUGAACACGGCUUGGUUGAUGAGCAACAGAAAGUACGUACCAUUAGUGCUUUAGCCAUUGCUGCUUUAGCUGAAGCAGCAACCCCGUAUGGUAUUGAAUCAUUUGACUCUGUUCUAAAGCCCCUCUGGAAAGGCAUACGUCAACACAGAGGAAAGGGUCUGGCUGCUUUCUUGAAAGCCAUAGGAUAUCUUAUUCCACUUAUGGAUGCAGAGUAUGCCAACUACUAUACCAGAGAAGUAAUGCUCAUUCUUAUCAGAGAGUUUCAGUCUCCUGAUGAAGAAAUGAAGAAGAUCGUGUUGAAGGUGGUAAAGCAGUGUUGUGGCACAGAUGGUGUUGAAGCAAACUACAUUAAAACAGAAAUUUUGCCUCCAUUUUUCAAGCAUUUCUGGCAGCAUAGAAUGGCAUUGGAUAGAAGAAAUUAUAGACAGUUGGUUGAUACAACCGUGGAGCUUGCAAACAAAGUUGGAGCUGCAGAAAUUAUUUCCAGGAUUGUGGAUGAUCUAAAAGAUGAAGCUGAGCAAUACAGGAAAAUGGUUAUGGAAACUAUUGAAAAGAUCAUGGGGAAUCUGGGUGCAGCUGACAUUGACCAUAAGUUGGAAGAACAACUUAUUGAUGGGAUUCUAUAUGCCUUUCAAGAACAGACUACAGAGGACUCUGUGAUGUUGAAUGGCUUUGGUACAGUGGUAAAUGCUCUUGGCAAGCGAGUGAAACCAUACUUACCCCAGAUCUGUGGUACAGUGUUAUGGCGUUUGAACAACAAAUCGGCCAAAGUGAGACAGCAAGCUGCUGACCUGAUAUCUCGUACCGCAGUUGUCAUGAAAACCUGUCAAGAGGAAAAAUUGAUGGGUCACUUGGGUGUGGUAUUGUAUGAGUAUUUGGGUGAAGAAUACCCUGAAGUACUGGGCAGUAUCCUAGGAGCUCUUAAAGCCAUUGUGAAUGUCAUAGGUAUGCACAAAAUGACUCCUCCAAUUAAAGAUCUGCUGCCAAGACUUACACCUAUCUUAAAGAACAGGCAUGAAAAAGUACAAGAGAAUUGUAUUGACUUGGUUGGACGAAUUGCAGACAGAGGGGCAGAAUAUGUUUCUGCAAGGGAAUGGAUGAGGAUUUGCUUUGAAUUGCUUGAAUUGUUAAAAGCACAUAAGAAAGCUAUUAGAAGAGCUACUGUCAAUACAUUUGGUUAUAUUGCAAAAGCUAUUGGGCCUCAUGAUGUGCUGGCAACCCUGCUAAAUAAUUUGAAAGUACAAGAACGACAAAACAGAGUGUGUACCACAGUGGCAAUUGCUAUUGUGGCUGAAACCUGUUCCCCUUUUACAGUACUGCCUGCACUUAUGAAUGAAUACAGAGUUCCAGAAUUGAAUGUUCAGAAUGGUGUAUUAAAAUCUCUUUCUUUCCUAUUUGAAUAUAUUGGAGAAAUGGGAAAAGACUACAUUUACGCUGUUACCCCCUUACUUGAAGAUGCUUUAAUGGACAGGGAUCUGGUUCACAGGCAAACAGCUAGUGCAGUAGUGCAGCAUAUGUCUCUUGGAGUAUAUGGGUUUGGCUGUGAGGACUCUCUGAAUCACUUGCUAAAUUAUGUGUGGCCCAACGUGUUUGAGACAUCUCCUCACGUCAUUCAAGCAGUUAUGGGAGCACUGGAGGGCCUAAGGGUGGCUAUUGGACCUUGCCGGAUGUUGCAGUAUUGUUUACAAGGUUUGUUUCACCCUGCCAGAAAAGUCAGAGAUGUGUAUUGGAAGAUUUAUAAUUCCAUCUAUAUUGGUUCACAGGAUGCUCUAAUAGCACAUUAUCCACGAAUCUACAAUGAUGAAAAGAAUACCUACAUUCGUUACGAACUUGAUUAUGUCUUGUAAUUUUAUUUCUCAUUUGUUUUGUGUUAAAUAGACAGCUAUUCCAUAUUUGGUUCAGAUCUGGUGAUGUACAAUUUUUAAGACACUGCAGAGUACCGUAAAAUGGUCAGAGGCAGAGCUUAGAAAUCAAUAGCAUGAUUUUUAAAUAACAUGUCUUUGUUUUGGUGUUAAAGCCAGUAGUGACCAAGAACACAGUGAUUGCAGAGAAUAUGGGGGGAAUCAUCUUGAGGAUUUAAGAUUCUGUUCCUUGUGUUUAAAGGGGAUGUUUGAGAAAUAAACAUUUGUGUAUAAAAUAUUAAUGGUUAUUUGUGUGUGAGCAUUUUUGGGCAGGGAGACAUAUAAUAAGUCUCAGAUCAUCAAGCAGUUUAUGUACAAAGGUGGCAUAUUACAUUUUAAUUGUCUUUGUCAUACCCUAGCUUUUGAAUAAAUAAGGAACGUUCACAUUUUGAUUGUUGUGUCUUUAUCCUGAAAAAGCACUUGUUAUAAAAUUGGCUUUUGUACUGAA